AUGGGAAAGAAGCCGAGGAAACGAGUAGAUCGGUGUGCCGUGAGAUUCGUGCCGCAGGCCUACCAAGAAGAAGAGGAGGANGAGGUGGUGGUGGUGGAGGAGGAGGAGGAGCAACAGGAGAAGGAGGCCCCUUUGAACCGGUUCAGUCGAGACACGUACCCAAAUGGUUUGCCACUGGACCACCGGUCGAGCUCAGCACAUGAAGUAACUGUCCACUGCAAAAGACAAGAGAGAAUUGAGAGAGAAUUGUGGUGCGGUCAAGAGCAAACAACGCAAACGCAAACGCAAACGCAAACGCAAACGCAAGGAUGGCAGCUAACGGGCAACAGCCUUGUGCGUGGCGCGCUCAUGCCCACCCUGCCUUUGCGUACCAACACCGUGUGGAUGGUCUCUGGUCACAAUAAAACAUUGCAGACAAAGUGGGCUUCGAUCCCAGCCUGCGCAACGGCGCAACGCACGGUCAACCCUAUCCGUGAUUUGGUGGACACGAUGGAUCUGUCGGGCCAUCCCGACAAGCCUAUGAUCCCCCUCUCCAUUGGCGAUCCAACUGUCUUUGGCAACCUAACAACUGCUGAUGAGGUUCUGGAAGCUGUGGCCGCCAGCCUUCGCAGCCAUAAACGCGAUGGAUACCCUCACUCGGCCGGUUAUCAGGAUGCGCGUGCUGCUGUUGCCAAGGAGUACAGCAGUGAAGACCUCACCUACACUGCCGAGGAUGUCGUUCUUGCCAGUGGAUGCUCAGGAGCCUUGGACAUGGCACUGGGCGCCAUUCCAGUCCCCGGCUUCUCCCUUUACCGCACCCUGGUGGAGGCGCGUGGCCACAACGUGCACACUUAUCAACUGCGCCCCGAAGCCGACUGGGAAGUUGACCUCGAAUCGUUGGAGGCCGCCAUUGAUGAGCAUACGGUGGCCAUUGUGGUGACCAACCCGUCCAACCCCUGUGGCUCUGUCUAUACCGCCGACCACCUUCAGGCUAUUCUUUCGGCCGCGUAUCGUGAUAUUGCUGAUGACGUGGAUUUCACCCAGAAGCUACUCCAAGAGCAAUCCGUUUUUUGUCUGCCUGCCAAGGUUUUCGGCUUGCCCAAUUUCUUUCGCAUCGUCACAACCGUCCCUCAGGAAAAAAUGGAGGAGGCUGCUCGUCGCAUGAAGGAGUUUGCGUCUGCCCACGCCAAUGAAUGCAAAUCUCUCUCUCUCUCUCAAACUCUCAAACUCUCUCUCAAACUCUCUCUCUCUCUCUCUCUAAUCUCUCUCAAAAUCUCUCUCUCUUUCUCUCUCUUCUCUUUUCUUUUUCUCGCGGAAGGAGGCAUGGUACUGACGCUCGAGUUGUCUUUGCGCUAA